AUGGAGCCCUCGUGGGACCCGGGGACCGCCCUUCCAACGGACACACGCGGGCAAGUGACAGAGGCCAUAUCUCCGGAGCCGGGGGGCGUCCAGAUGGAGGUUGUGUAUGUGAAGCAGGAGCCGGUCUGGGAUGACACCGGUGGGUCCGAGGCCGCAGUGCAGCCGCAGGAGACGGGGCUUAUGGAGCAGGUGUGCGUGAAGGUGGAGGGGGGGCUCGUGAAGACGGAGCCCGCUGAUGAGGGGGAGGGGGAGGGAGGGAGCGGGACGGCAGGCGAGUGCGGGAGCGAGACCGAACUAGACACGAACGAGAGCGGCGUCUUUCGGCGGACCCGCGCGGGACUCGAAUCAGCCCGUUCUCAAAUGUGCCAUAUAUGCACACAAGAGUUUAAGAAAAUGAACAAAUUCAAGGCACACAUGAAAACACACAAGAGUGAGAAGCCUUUGUCCUGCGAGCAGUGCGACAAGCGGUUCAACUGCGUGAACACUUUAAAGGUUCAUCAGCGGACUCACCGGCCGCACUCCUGCGGGACGUGUUACAAGACGUUUGCACUACUCAGCGACUUACAGUACCAUGAACGAACUCACAAAGGGGAAAAGCCUUACUGCUGUUCCACUUGUAAGAAAGAGUUCGCUUAUCCGUCCCAUUUAAAGCACCAUGCGAAAAUACAUACUAAUGAGAAACCGUUCGCGUGCAAAGUCUGUAACACUGCGUUUUCGAAACUGAACAAUUUGAAAAGACAUGAAUUUAUACAUACGGGAGAGAAACCAUUUGUGUGCGACGUGUGCAAAAAGGAGUUCGCUUUUUUGGUUGCAUUAAAAGUACAUAUUGGAAUACACAAAAAUGAGAAACCAUACUCUUGCGAUAUAUGUAGAAAGAAAUUUACACAAAGGAGCUAUUUACUGACACAUGCGCGAAUACAUUCGGAUGAUAAGCCGUUCGUGUGUGAAGUGUGCACAAAGGCGUUUAGGGGCUCGAGUGCAUUGAGGAGACAUGAGCGGAUACACACGGGGGAGAAACGGUACUCGUGCAUAGUCUGCGCGUACGAGUUUACAGAUUUGAGUAAUCUGAAGAGACAUGAACGACUCCAAGUUUGCCUGAAGCCAUAA